AUGUACAGCAAGCUUAACCGCAGGUACCUUCUGCUUCACCUGUCUCCAAAUCAUAUUGACUGCAUCUUCAUCCAUUGGGGGAUAUUGGAACUCAAAGUGGUGAGAAAUGCUUCUAAUUUUAGACCACAUUUCAAUCCAUUUUUCUUUGGUAACGGCCCUGAGCUCAUUUAUCAAGUGGCCAGCUCGAUUCUGUCACUCACAAUAACAGGAACACAGUGGCUGACAAUAGCAUCAAAUAGACGGCAAGAAGAUGGAGUGUCACCCGCAGGAUGGAGACAAAACUUCGAUGAACGCAUUUGUUCGGCACACAAGGUACCAAAAAGGAAAGGCAGGGAUCAUAAAGAUGCAAUUGUGCAAAAAAAUAGGAGCUACAACAUCCUUUGCCAGACUAGAAAUUUUCAUUAUGCGACCAAAAUCCGCAACAAUGAAUAUGGAAGCAUUAACUUUAUCCCGAUAAUGUCUGAAAGCAUUGGGAUGAUGCACCGGAAUCACAUGGUCUCGCCCAUCAGACCUUCUCCAUACUUGCCAAGCACUGGGGCCUGGAUACCUAGACAACUGCGACAGCUAAUCGGACGCAUAGUUUAA